AUGCAACACAGGCUACUAGGGGGUCUUCAUUGUAAUCAAUCUUCAGAGACUACAGCCCUGCUACAGGUAUGCAGAAGAUUUGUGAGCAGGCCAUCUAUUUUUGUAUAUCGAGGUUAUGACAGUGUGGCACUUUCCAUGCAGCAGUUAUUCCUCCUCUUUGAGCUCUUUGUUUGAGUGUUUGCAUGUGUAUACUUGUAUCUGACUGGGUGGUAAUGUAAGGGCGUGGAGGUGUUUUCAACGUGACUAAUCAGCCAGCGAAACAUUGACGCUGCGGUAAUUUGCUUUUGCAUUCUUGCCCUUUUCGGCAUUGUGGAUUUCUCUUGAGUGGACGCAUUACAAUCCCACGUCUGCCAGAUCUUCUCGAGGUUUCGCUGCUGUUGCUGGAGGCGUGCGUCAUGGCUUCUGGCGGAGCGGAGGAAGACGAUGGAGGCAUUCCAUUGGACAUCGACAACGUGCACAUGCUCCUCCAAGUGGAGCAUGAGCAGAUUCAGAAACGAACAUUCACCAACUGGAUAAAUGCUCAACUGGCUAAGAGAUGCCCUCCCUCGUUUGUGUCGGAUCUCUUUACUGACCUCAGAGAAGGAUCACAGCUGCUUGACCUGCUGGAGGUGAUGAGCAGUCAACCCAUGAAAAGACAAAGGGGCCGAGGGGUUUUCCAGCAGAGGGCCAACAUUGAGACCGCACUGAACUUUCUCAAGAAGAAAUCAAUCAAAUUGGUGAACAUCAACAUCCCAGACAUCAUAGAUGGACGACCCUCCAUCAUCCUCGGCCUCAUAUGGACCGUCAUCCUCCACUGUCAUAUUGAAGAGUUGGCCAGCACGCUCUCCUACAGCUCUUGUCACUCCUCCCUGGACUCUCUGGCCAGCCUGGACUCCUGGUCUGGCGGCCCGGUCCCAUCGAGUCCAGCCCCAUUGGGCCGGACCUCGCCUCUCCACAGACGCUUCCGACUAUCUGCCAAGAAGGCCCUGCUCAUGUGGGUCAGGGACCAAUGCCAAAAGGUCGGCUGCUCCAUCAGUGUGAAGAACUUUAAGUCGAGCUGGAGAAGUGGAGAGGCCUUCUUGGCCAUCGUGUGUUCCCUCAGACCACAGCUGGUUGAUCUGUCGCUGGUUAAGUUGAGAAGCAACCCGGAGAACCUGGAAGAGGCCUUUCACCUGGCCGAGAGGGAGCUCCACAUCCCCCGUCUGCUGGAACUCGAGGAUGUUGAUGUCAAAGAACCGGAUGAGAAGUCCAUAAUGACUUAUGUGGCCCAGUUUCUGCAGUACUCUAAUGACAUGCCAGCACCCGAUGACCAUCUGCAGCUGUUUCCUCAGGUCCAGCCCCUUUCUCUCUCCCCUGUGAACUUGCCCGCUCACUUCACUCCAGCAAUUGCUGUUUCCCCGUUACGUCAGGUCUCUUCAACUGAGCGAGCACUACAGGUGACUUCCUGGCUGCAGCGAGCCUACCAGGAGCUGUCGGAGGCACGGGCUGCUGCAGAGAACCCGAGCUUUGCAGAAAAAUAUCACGUGUUGCAGAGCCUCGUUGUCUCCUUUACCGAGCAAAGGAGACCAGUGAUGACGCUCCUGGCUGCCAUAAGACGCUGCCCCGAGCUGAGCCGAGAGCAGCGUGCUCUCAGGACAGCGUGGGAUUGUCUGGAAAAUGAGCUGCAGAGAUGUAAAGUGGACCUGGACUCGAGCCUCCCUCCUCCUCUGGACUCAGUCGUUGUGUGGCUGCGUCGUGCAGAAGCGUCGCUUACAGGAGAGGGAGGAAGAAGCAAAGAUCAUGCAGAUGCUGCUAAAGAAGCGAGAGCCCGACAAGACGCACAAAAGACUUUAAUGAACGAGAUGAGCUACUUCGUCCAUAUCAUUGCUACCUUCCAGCAUACGGACGACUUAGGGAACAUAGUCGUGCCCAUUGAAAAGUUCAAUGAGAUAAAGAGAAGCUUAACCAACAUCCGAGUCACAGCCAAAUACGAAGGAAUCAAGUGGGAAUACCAGGAAACCCGUCACACGGUGCUGGAUCUCCUGGGCCGCGUCAAUGCCAAGGUGGUGACGUGGAACGCUCCCUACAGAUCCCAGGAGGCGGUGCUUCUGCUUCUGCAGGACUGGCAUGAAACAGUGAAGCGCCAUGGCCUGCUUUUAAUUCUGAUGGACGCUCUCCAAAACCUGAAGGAGAAGGCGAACACUUACACCAGUAAGGCAGCACUAGGUGAAGAUGCACACCUUGUUGCCCGUCAGCUGAAGGAAUCAGAAGGCGAAGCGGAGCUGGUCACACGGGCUGUGACAGCUGCGAGGGCGGCGAUGGAGAGAGCGGCGCGUGUUUGGGAAACGUACAACAAGUGCCUCGCGUCUCUGGAGACGCGGCUCGCUCGGAAUACACUGCCACGCGCCCUGCCUCCUCCUGUGGGCCCGCAGGAGCUGAGCGAGUGGACGUCGUGUCAGGCCGGGCUGAACGAGGCGGGGAACGCGCUCAUUGAAGUGACGGAGUCCUCGGCCGGCCUCGCUGUGGCCGAGCGACUCGGCAAGGUCAACAGGAAGUGGGCUGAGCACGUGAAGAGGACAAAGUUUGCGGUACCAUCGGAGCCCAGCAGUGGUCCUUGGUCUCUUCAAAUAGUGCAUUCACUGACGCAGGAGGCCAGCAGGCUGCUGAGGAUGCCUCUGGAGGUGUCCUCAGUCUCACUUAAGGCCAACAGGCAGAAACUACAGCUACUGAGUAAAAAGUUGACUGAGGUGGAUAUUUCAUCCCAAACAAGCGACACAGAGAAUCUCCAGCAACAUCUCCCAAAGAUGCUUGAUGACGCAGAGAGGGCCUGUGGAGAGCUGCAGCGGGCUGCGUCCGGGUUGGAGGGCCGUCUGGCUGAGCUGGACCACUGGAGCACCGAGGCUAUGGACUGUUUCCAGCAGCCGAGGGAGAAAAGGCACAGAGGACGCUCUGCAUGGGAAUCUGCUGCCAAAGUGCUGAUCUCUCGAGGUGUGCAGCUGGAGAAGCAAGUUGUAACCGAGGGACAGGACCUGCAGGACCUCGUGGCACGAGUACAGACAACCUCUCCACUGCUGCACCUCAGUACCUCUGGCACCCAGGACAGGAUCUCAGAGGCAGUCUCCCACUGCCAGGAUAUUCUUGACAUGUUUGGUUCUCUGGGAUUUCUGCAACAUGUCAAAUCAUCCCAUCAGACACGGAGACAGCCAGAGGCAGGGCUCUUUGUCGUGGCCAAAACCAAGCAGGUGGACCAAAUUGGAAAAGUUCUUCUGGCACAGGAUCCAAACCUGGUUUCACCAGGGCUUUCAUCUCAGACUUCCAGACAAAGAGCGCUUCACCGUUGGGCUACAAACCAGAAUGGAUCAGCCACUGUUAAUCCAUGUGUUGAAACCCAAAUGCUGCCCGGUCCAUCGAGGGAACCAAUACUUCAUAUUCACUCUCCCCUCACUCAAACUAUAAAAGAAGCUGAACCCGAGCACAUGAUCCAGCCUCGGACCCUUUCCGAACGUCACGCUCAAGCAUCCGGUUGGAGUCAUUAUGAUCAAGUUCUACCUGCUUUAAUCCAAACUCCUUUUGCGCAGAGUGUUAAAACAUCUCCAAAGCCACCGGUUCUGGUCCGCAGUGAAGUUCAUUCAAAAGCCCAGUCGAUGGCGAGGAGCAGACUGGAGAAGGCCAGAUUCCGUCUGCAAGGACGCAUCCAGCAAGCCAUCAAGUUAUUCGGUGGAAGAGAGGUUUCAGAGUCACAGGUCAAGAAGAAACAGAGAGCUAUAAAGAUUCUGCAGCCUGUCUUCAUGGAUGAGUUCCUGGGUGCCGUUGAGGGUUUGGGGGCUUUCAGUACUGGGCCCCAACUCCAGGACUUGAAGGUCCUCUCUGACUCCGUCCGAAAGCAGUGGGAGGAUGUGGGCAGAGAAAUGGCUGCUUUCGUUCCCAUCUUGUGGUCUAAGAUCAGAGAGGGGAAGCGGUCAUCCUCUGUUGUGCAGUGUGAAACCCAAACUAACGCUCUGCAUGAAGCCCGUGAGCAGACUGACCAUGACUCGUUGCCCCAGCAACAGGCCGUCACGGAGAGAGCUGCGUCUGUGGAGGUUGAAUCACUGGAAGAGCUGUGUGCAACUCUAACACCAGGGCAGUCCUCCUGCCUAGCAACCGAUCAACUGAAGGAGUCGGAUGAAGAUCAGGAAACACCCCCCAGUGACACAGUGCUCCCAUCGGACCGCGGGGGAGGGCAGCUCGGGGGAGCCCCCCCGCCGAGGACGACGGGCGAGUCGGCCGACACACAGCAGAGCAGCAGCCUCCCCCAGAAACAGAGCGUGGACAGAUCCCAGCGACGACGCGUCUCACCGCCGCCUGCCGCCGCGUCAGCGUCAGCGCGGCCUCGGGGCGAGGUCACCCAUCUGCAAUCUCAGGAUGAGCCGACACUACCUAAAACAGCGGAGCCCUCCCUUCUGGACACGGAGCGGCUGCUGAAAGCUCGUCUGUGGCAAGACCAAGCUCACAUACAGGUGGUUGUCAGGGGAAACACUGUGGAGACCAAGCAGGAGGCAGAGUGGACCGUCCUUCCAGGGUCAGCCGCCCACGCUCAGGAAGAGCGAACCUCCGAACAGGAAGUACUGGGAAGAGUGACAUCCCUGGAGAUCACUGCUGACCUGAUGACACUAGUCACAGAAAAACUGGACUGGCUUAUCAGAGAGUCCGUGGACAUCUCCUCCUUCACCUUUGCUGAUCCCAGAUUACUAUCUGAUUUAAAGGAGAUGGAUGACGCACUGCGGUCUGAAAUGAGAAAGUUAUCAGAGCGUGCCUCCGAAGAGGAAAUUCAGUCCCCUCCAUCCCGCUGCCAGGCUUCCCACAACAGCGUCCAUCCUCUUGAGCUGCUCAGACAGCGUUUGGAGGAAGUUCAAACAGCUGCCCAGGCUCUGGAUCACUUCCUGGUCACAGUGAGGGACGUCAAGGCGGAGACCCAAGCCAUGCUGGCAAAGCAGGACCCCAGCAGGCAGGCAAAUGAGGCAGAGUGGCAGGCAGCAAGGCACCAGGAGCUGCUGACCGCCGCGAAACAAUCCGAUAGCGUCGACAGCACUUUGGAGGCAGCGGGGAUGACUCUGACCGCGGACGGUGCUAGAGUGACGUGCCGGGAUGUGGUGACAUCACUGUCACGACAAGCUGUGAGCGUGGAGGAAGAAGUGGUGAGAGCCAACGAGAGGGAGCGUAAAGAUGACUUACGCACUGUGGGAAGGGAGCAACUACAGGCGUUCAAACCCGUGGAGGAGGAGGAAGGGUUGGUGGCCAAAAGCAGUAGACCUGAAAGAGAUGAUGGCGUGAAUUCACAAAGGCCCGAAGAGCACGAGGCUCAAACACAGAAGUCAGAAGAGGAUGCCUUAAAAGCCGAGGAACAUAAAAGAAGGAGAAGCAUCCAGGUUAAGAAAGAGGGAGAAGAGACGCUGUCAGGCACUCUGAAGGAGAUCAGGGAAGCAGCCGAGCAGCUGAGGUUACAGGAGCCCACCCUGCCGGCUCUGCAGCACAGGACACGUGCAUUGACAGAGCUGGACAGCCGACUCGCCGAGCUGCAGCGCGCACAAGACGCAGCCUCGCAAUCAGGAAUCCAGCAUGCGAGUCCAACCAGGGAGGUGCAGGGUGUCUGGGAGGAGGCAACAAAGGCUGUAACUGAACGGCUGGAGCAGUGUGAGGCACUAACAGAGCUGCUGAAGAGGUUUCAAAGCCUCCAUGGGGAGCUGAGUGGGACACUGCAGAGGGCAGAAAGUACCGUCCGUGAACGAGCCUCCUACAUGGGGAAAGACAACCUGCAGAGAUUACACACCAAGGUCCAGGAAACAAAAGCAGAGCUGAUUGGUCUCGGUGACGGCAUAGAGGAGGUCCGCAGUGUCUGCAGGCAGCUUCACACUCGUCUGCGUCAGAUCCCAGAAUGCCUCAGCAUCCCAUUUGAGGACGAAACGGAGGCUGUGAUGGACUGCUGGCUGGACGUAUCGGAAAAAACAGAUUCCUAUCUAGAAAACCUACACCUUGGCCUGACUCUGUGGGAUGGCAUCAUUGAGCUGGGAGCUGCUGUAGAGAGCUGGACCUCCAACAAACUGGCAGUAGUUGCUCAGUGUCCUUCCUUCCAGACGGAGGAAGACAUCAGAGCCCUGCAGAGGGAGAUUUUGACCCAGGAGGAGAACAUGGAGCGUUUCCACCGAAGAGUCGCUGAGAUUCAGGACCUGCUUCAAAGCAAAGAGCCCCCACUGGAGCUGCAGGUUGUGGAGACGCAGAUAAGGAAGAAGAUGAAGCAGCUGAAGAAGCUUGUUUCUGAAUCUGAGGACGUUUACGGGCAGGAGGCUGCUAAAGGACAAAUUACUGCCGGGAUGGCUGAAUGCUUCAACUCCCUCCGGAAGAUUCAGAACUCCCUUCUCACUCUCAGUGCUUCAGAUGUUCCAACAGUUCUUGCAAAACUUAAGGAUCUGCUUUUUGAGCUCCAGACACGGGACGAGCAGGCGGAGCGUCUGCUGCAGGAUCUGCAUGUAAUGGCCUCCUCAGCCGGUCCAGGCAGCCUACACGGUUUGCCUGUGGAUGGGACUCGGCUGCAGGAUGAAGUCAGAAACACCCACCAGCUCUUCUCUGAGGUGGAAGAACAGACCCAGAGGAAUAUCCGGGCUCUCGACAGGCUCCAAAGCGAAUGUGAGCACUUGGAUCAAUGGUUGCAAGGUGUUGAGGGAAGAGCAGCAACGGACGAGGAUCUUAGUCUCCUGCAAGAGGAAGCACUUGAACAAAGUGUGAGAACACAAGCACUGAACCAGCUCGUGUCCUCCUUACAAAGCAGCACAUUCAGGCAGUCCGCUCUGCUGGAGGAGAGCAGCGAGCUGUUGAAACGACACCACCACCACUUUCAAACCAGAGGCCUGCGUGGCCCCGGGGGGGAGCAGAGCUCUGUGAGCCGGGACGUCCGGGCGUGUCAGACCCUUUCAAAGUCCACUCAAUCCCCGGCAGGAGUUCACAGGCAAACUCCUGACUCGCCUCUCGGGGAAAACCCCGCUCCCCACGCCCGAGCUGCGGUAAGUGGGAUGGCAGAGGCUCACCUCGGAGAGCUCAGAGUUACCGGAAAUCCUCUGAGUGAUGGAGCUGGCCCGAAACAGGACAUUCAAGGACGCAUUCAGGGAGGCGUGCAGAAAAGCGAGGCGGCGUGGAGGGACCUUCUCCAGCCAGGCCGGUCCUGUCACAGCGUUCUACAAGUUGAUCCAGACCUCACCUGCACCUCAUCAUCACUGAUGGAUGAGCUGAAGGGUGUGUGUUCCGGCUUGGAGCAACGUGUUUGUAAUGAGGAACAUUGUGGCCAGCCACUGCAGGACUGCCGCCAUAAAUUGACAUCCCUGCUGGAAAAGAUGUCAGCCUGUCGAGCCCAGAAAGAAGCCUCAGCUGAGCCCAUCACUGAUGCACCAGCUCUGCAGGCUUUGCUACAGGAAGUUACCGGCGUAGAAAAAGAGCUUCUACAAAUUAAAGCACUCAAAGACUCCAUCACGGCCAGUUCCUCUGCCGAGGACCAAGUCCGCCCCCUCCAAAACCACAAGAGGGCACUAGACAGCAGCAUCAGAGAAGGUCGCUCACUGCUCACAGACGAGGACAAGCAGAGAGUUCAACGAGAGAAGGGAGAGGCCCCCCGUCUACAAACAGAUCGGAAAGAACUGUCUGAGAAUCUGUGUGGGAACUCUGAAGUGUCUCCUGAUCUCACGCAGCUCAAACAGCAGUGGCAAACAAUACAGGACUGUGAUACCAGGCCGAGAGUUUGCGACCUGCAGCAGGCCGAAGAGUCCGGCAGCAGACCAGAGGUUCCUCCUGCAGACGUCACUUUGACUGUCGCCGCAGUAGCUGAAGACCUUGACAGACUCGCAUCCAUACAUCUAAAAAAGAAGCAGCCGUGUGCAGAAAACCCAGCAGACGUAGGGAGACACGACAUCAACCAGCUGCAGCGUUGGAGACAAACUGUACAAGCUGACCUAUCAUCACCCAGCCAGGUUUCUCCAAUCGAUCAACCUACUCUCAGCGCAACCAAAAUCGAGAUUCAACAUCUUUUGGCUGAACAAGAGACAUUUGAAACAGUUCCUGAUGCUCAAGAAAGGGAUAAAUACUGCGAGGACACGUGUGUGAGGCCACAUAAAGUGUUCACAAUAGUCUUAGACUUGGAGAGGCCUCAGCUCCAGGACAUUGUUGGAGACUGCAGUCCAGAUGUACUCAGAUGUUUACCGGGUGCCAAGAUUUGUGAUGCACAGCUCACAAAAUCUUCCAGUGUUCCUGAGAAGAAAUCUGAAGGUUUUACAACAUCACCGGGUCCUGAAUCAGAUGAAACCGACUUGGAGAUCCAUUACACAAAGAGCGGAGCAAUAAAUGAGUCUUCAGUGGAAAACCUACUGCCAAAAUACUCUUCGGCCUUUGCAGCUUCAGAGUUUGAGGGUAUAAAUUCUACAGAUGCCACAUCAUUGUGCCGAGGAAAGUCAGAAAGCCAAGCAUUGGUGCACAGUGAGGUAUUGAAUUCCUCCAAGUCAUUUGGCACCGUUGCCGAACGUCAGCUCGCUGGUGCUCGUGCAGCCGAAACGACGUCUCUGGACGUCCGGUGGGAGGAGAAGAUGCAUUACGGUCCCGCUGAAGAGCAAACCAUGAGCUCAGUGUUGUGCGCUGGGAACGCAACACAGACACCCGCUGGGGACAAUAAACAGCCGACAGUCUCUGCAGGCACGGGACAGUUGGUGAGGGCAGAGGGAUGUUCACCUGAAAGCCUGCAGCCCCAACGUUCCACGGGGCCAAAAAGACGGGUCAAAGCUACGCUGCCAUUUGGGGGAAGUGAAAGGGAGGUGCCUGCAUCGCUGGAGGACGGACAGCGCCAGACGCGUGACAGCAUGCAGCCCGAGAGGAUGGCGCCCGGCCCGGCGCCCGGCCCGCCCGCCGGGGAGGCGACAGGUGGACCCCCGGGGUGCCGCAGACGCCGCUCCGCCGUGCGCGAUGUUUUGCCUGAGAUCCAGAGCUUGGUGGAAAGCAGUAACAUAAUAAACCGGACUCCACAGAUUGAUUUUAAUUGGCACCUGAAGUCCUUUCCCGGAGAAUCACAGAUUCGACUGGUACGAGCUGUCCAAAAUGUUCUUGCAUGUCGUUAUCAACCGGCUCAACUCGAUGUCUCCGCGAUGGCCAAACAACUGCAGGAGGCAGAGGACUGCAGGCGCUGUGUUCAGGAGCAAGUGGCCACACUGAAAAGCAUGAGUGGUGCCGGGAUUUGUGAUCCAGAUGUUUUGAAAAGAGCUGAAGGACAGUGGAGUGCAGCGCUGCUGGAUGCCUCCGCCACGGUGCAGGUCAAAGCAGCACAGCUGGAUCAGGUCAAAGAGUAUCACAAACGGAUGACGAUCACCAGAGCUUUCCUCAAGGUUGUAGCGGCGGAGAAGGACAACAUGAGCUUGACUACUCUGAGAAGCAGUGCUCUCCAAGCUGACAAACUCCAGGGUCUGCUACAAGCCGUGGUGCAGAAAGCAGACUCGAUGGAAGAGCUCCUCCAGUUAUGCCGGCGAUUCUCGGUCCACUUGAGCGACGCUGAGAGUUCAGGGGCUCUUCUCGCCCAGCUGGGAGAUGUCCAGGAGGAAUGGAGGCUCUUGGAAGGAAGCAUCAAAAGGGCUCUGCAGCACGCCUCGAGCUCCACUUCUCAAUACUCUCUUUUAAUAAGAGAGGCCGAACAGCUAAAAGCCAAACUCGACGCCCUCCGGCCGUCCAGUCUUCAAAGCCGUCACAGCAAAAGUGCUUUAGAACUGGUUUGCCUGAGCACAGACGUAAAACUGUACAACCAGCUCUAUAUGCACUUACAGUCCCAGACAGAUGCUCUGGUCCAUUUCGCUCUGGGUCAGAAAGAAAAGGAUGAGCUCAGUCGUAGUCUUAAGGACCUUGGGUCCUUGCUUAAUGUCACCGAGAGCAAGCUGCACACUUCAAAUGACAUCUGUGGCGCCAUUUCAUCAACUAAGAUCAACAAGCAAUUACAAGACUUGAUCGUAUGGGCCAAGCAAGCAGAAAACCACAUCUCUGUCGGCAGAAAGUCAGCUCUUUUCCCAGAGGAGGCUCGUGUUCAGAUUGUUGAGAUGAAGAAGUUUCAGACGGAUAUUUGGUUUAGAAGUUCCAAGAUGAAAACAGAAGUUGAGAAUAUGAAAGCGGAAGUCUCCGAUAUGGAAAAUGAGGAAAGUGACCAAGUAUUGAAGACAAUAGAAGACCUGUACGAAGCCAUCGCCGACAGCUUGAAUCAGGUUCUUGACACCAUGAGGAAAAAUCUGCAGGAGAGGGAGACCCUGCUCUGCCAGUUUGCCAGCAUGGAUGCCUGGCUGGCAGAAAUGCACGCGCAAAGAGACCCGUGCGCUCAUGUUGACAACGUUUCAAAAGCUGACAUCGGAGAGCUGGAGAGCGAGCUGAAAAGCCACAAGCGCGCCUCAGUCGAGAUCGAGGCUCAACUGAAACGGCUGGAUGCGGUGGCCGACGCCUGCAGGGAAAUAGCUGUGCGCUCCAGUCCGGGAGAGAGCCGCUACCUGGUCAACAGACUGUCGGGCCUUUGGGCCGAGCUGCAGGGGCUGCUGGCUCACGAGAAAGCGCUCAGCUGGGAAUUGGAGGAGCUGAUUCACGAGCUAACCACUUCCGACGAGGAGUUAUCGGCCAUCCGGGCUAGCUUGAAGCACAUUUCCACCGAGCUGGUGCGGCAAAGGUUCCCGUUGACACAGGAAGCCCUCACGACGGUCGCACAUUUGAAGCACGCGCUAAUGGAGCGUCAGUGUCAAGUACGAGGCCUUAAGCAAUUCCCGGAGGCAAGGCGAAGCUCCAUGCUCUGCACCAUUGGUGACCUGCAAGACCAGUGCAAAGCACUUAGUGUUAAUGCCGUUGAGCAGGACAAAUAUCUGCACCUGAGGAGACAGAUGGUGGAAUCUAGGGACGUCGUUGAAGAGCAAAUCCGGCGCGCCAAAGAUCAAAGCAUCAGCGUGGCUGAGAGGGUCAUGCUGUGCCAAUCGCUCUUGGUCGAACUUCCUCUGGUAAAGACGCAGUGUCAGGAAGUGGCCGACCAGUUGGAGACCAUAGCUGAGGGGUUGGAACCAUCUGAUCUAAACCCGGAGAAGGAGAGGAUUCGCCGCACGGUGGAAGCUUUAGUCUCCUGGGAGCACUCGGUCACUGAUGACAUCAAAAACCUAGAGGCCAAGCUUCUACCAGACCUGCAUUUUUCCUCAGAGCACCUUGCCUUGACAGAGCUCUUCCAAAGAACAAGAGUGGAACUGGAGGGAGUGGAACCAGUAACUCCAGAUGAAAAAGCCAUAGAUAUUGCAUUGACAAGGAAUUUGAUCAUCUGGAGACACAUGGAGUCUGGGAUGCGGGUGUUGGAAGGUCUGGGAAGGAAAGAAAAAGUGGACUUGAAGAACUACAAGGAACUGUACUCUCUCAGGGAUGCAACCAUGCGAGACUGUCAUUUACGAACGGAAAGGUUAUGCCAGGCGAGGGAGUCCUUGAAAGAUUACCACUGGGCUGCUCAGGGAGCGAUAUGCUUCCUCCACAACGCCGAAGCCACCUUCUUAUCAGCUCCAGGAGGGUUCUUGGACUGUACUGAGGAACAAAAACAGACUCAGCAGGCUCUAGAAGCUCUGGAAGAUGGGUUUCAGGCUCACAUCUGCCACCUUGUGGAUCUAGUGCCCGAUCAAGCCUGCCUGUCCCGACCAAUGACUGAGCAGUUGCACACCAGCCUCCUCAGUCAGCUGUUGGUGGGCAGAGCCGUACUGGAGGCCCAGGCCCAGCUCCGGAUGGAGUCCUUGCAGAGGUGUGAAGUGAGACAACAGAGCCACAGGAAGUGCCACGAAGACAUACGUCAGCGUCUUUCAGGGUUUGAAAUCAAACUGUCAGAAUGUGCGACGGAGCGAGUGACGUCGUCUGACGAGGCUGCUGCUCAGCAAAAGAGAGCCACGGUCCUGCUGGAAGGUCUUCGCGGCCUCGCGGGUCAGCUGGAUGAACUGCGAGCUGGAUGUCCAGCGCAGAGUUGCGGAGUUGGGAAGGAGGGCGAGCUCGGCGCUCUCUGGCGGCGUUGGGUGUCGUUACGCCGUGGUGUCGGCGUCCUCUUAGCACACACAGAACAAAGAGGAGAGGAAUGGAAGGACAUCACCACGAGUAUGGAGCAGUGUUGCAGCUUUUUGGUCCGUCUUCAAUCCGAGGUUCCCGACUCGUCCGCUGUGAGCUUCAGUCAAAAGGAACCGCUGGAGCUUCUGGCGCAGGCUGACAUGCACCGGGCCCUGCUGGAGCAGGAGCAGCAGGCGUUAUCCUCCCUCGAGCAUCGACUGGAGCACGCCCUGGGCUUGUCUGGCACCCAGGAGCCCACCAGCCCUGGACCGGUGGCCGAAACGCUAGUGAGGCUUCAAGAUCAAGUCAAGAGCUUGAAGAAGAGGAAUCUGCUGGUGGUAGCUGCAGCUCAGGCAGAGGACAAGGAGAGACAGCAAGUCCAAGUGGAGAUAGCAGAGUGGGAGCAAAACAUGUUAACCCUUCUUCCCUCACUGGAAGCCUGUUCAAAUCCGUGCAAACAACAGGAGCUCAGACAGGAUUUGUCCUCCCAGAAAGACAAACUAAAGUGCAUCAUGGACGGUGUGCAGGGCCGGUACGCUGAGGUACCAGCUGGUAUCAGCACACGGUUACAAGAGGCUCAGCUUUCUCUACAAAGAGGAGAGGAGAAGCUCAUGGAGAAAAGCAACUCGCUUCGCAGGCUGGAUAGUCAGGUGGCAGAGUUGGGUUCUGGCCUGGAGAGAGUUAAAGUGUUACUGGAGCAAAGGAGUCCAACAGUGAAUGAAGCUCAAAAUGCAAUCAAGCACGUGUGGGACGAGCUGGACGCAUGGCACAGCCGCCUGAUGCUGCUGGAAAGCGAGGUGCAGGAUGUUGCGGAGGAGCAUCCGCACCAAGCCCACCUACUGAUGGACCAACUCAACCGCCCGCUGCAGCUGUAUCAAAACGCAGCGCAAAUGGCCGAACAGCGCACCGCCUUCCUCAGCAAGGUGCCCGCCUGUCUUCAAGAGUUUGAGGAUAUAAUGUAUGGCGCCGCCUGCUGGUUGGAUGAGGCCCAGUCCUGGCUCAGUGCCCCAUGCUCCUUCCCUACAGCCAGAGGCCUCCAGAAUCAUGCCAACUCCCUGCAGCUGGUCCUGGACGACUCUGAGAGGAUCAGACAUACCCUGCAGGCCUUCAGGCCAGUCCUGGGUGAGAUCUCCACUGUGUGUGAUGUCAGCACCCACGAGGACAGGGUGAACCAGAACGACCAACAAGUCCAGAAAAUGCAACGCAAGAUCCUGCAGCCGCUGGAGCAGAUCCUGCCAGCUGUUGGGGUAGUGGAGGCAAUAGAAGCGGAUCUGAAGACCAUGGAGAAGAACGUCACGAAGAUCACAGCGAUUUUAUCCUCCGUGGACGACACGCACAUCACUCUGAUGGAGCACCUCCAGAACCGACAGGUGAUCCUGGCCAAUGUGCAGUCCAUGCAGAGGACGUUGGAGGAGAUGGCGCGAUGCAAAGGAGAGCUUCACCUCCCACAGGGAGCAGAGGAUAGCCUGCUGGUUUUCUCCAGAGCCAGACUGCUCCUGCAGCCGCUGGAGGAGGUGCAACAACUCACCCAUCAACAAGCAGCGCUGCUCCAGAACAAGAUUAGAGAGGAAAAAGACACGUUGAAGGAUCUUGGCAUCAUUGCAGUCUCUGGUGGUCCUGAAGAUCAUCUCGACAGAGUGCCACAAAAAUGCACAGUACAGCAGGAGGCCUUUGAGUUGUCUAAUUCAGAGGAAGAGGAGGAGGAUGAAAACAACAGUUGUCACUCAUCAUCCUCUGACACACUAACAUGCAGUAUUCCAGAGGACCCAGAGGAAACACUGAGUGCCUCAGAUGUGCAAAAGGAGGAAAUUGCCCGAAUAAAGCAACCGCCAGAAGUUACGGCACUGGAGAGUUUGGCUGGAGUGUUUACCUCUGAAGUGAAGACGAGCUGUAGAAGUGCUGAAGUUCCCGGGCUUUUAUCGGGGAAUCCUCGUACAACAGAGCCUGAAUCAGACAAACCUGAAAGUGGAUUAAUAGAAACGGGUUCCAUCGUUGGUGAAGCAUUCAGUGAUGACACUGUGACAAUCGAGCCACUCCUCGCGGCAGCCAGUCUGGCAGUUGAAGACAAGUUUACCGCUGCCGCUGCCAAACUGGACUCUCAUGGAUCACCAAAAUGUGAAGGUCUUGCAAAGUGCCCUCAGGCAGCAGCUGCAGUGGGAAACACAAGACUGAUUCCUGCAAGACCUGAAACUCCCUUUACCUCCACAAGAGGAUCUGAUGGGUUCAUGGAGGAAGCAGAUAAUCUGCAUCUGUCUACACGUCCGCAUCAACAUCUGAAUAAUCCUAAUGUGUUGAAGGAGCAGAGAAAAGAAUCUCCUCGAGCCCGGGAAAUGUCCGAGGAGCCGAUGAGCAUGGCUAAACAGGAGCAAGAUAACAAAGGGGAGCUCAGGUGGAGUCAUCUUAACACCCAGAUCUUCCAAAAACUGAUCACUUUGAAGAAAGUUAAGGAUGGGCAUCACGUCGGGUCAGAGGAUCGAGGGACCCCUGAAAAGGACCCCGAGGGGGAGCCGACAUCACCCGGGUCUGCGUCAGCCGUCCUCCUGCAGACCCACGAGUGCCUCACCAUGAUGAGACAAAUAGUGAGCUCUCCAGGUGUAAAUGACACGCUGUAUGAGGCGGCCCGGAAGCUCCUCCUCUGUCUGGACGCUUUGACUGACCUCCUGUUGACUCCUGGAGAAGAUGACCCCCAGCUGAGGCUGCUACAGCGGGAGUGUGUAUCAACUGAGCUGGUGACUCUGUGUGAGAUGUUGAGUAAAGUGGAGUCAAGGAUCACACCUGCACUUUCGAGGGAAAAGCCAGAAGCCCUCCGCUGCUUGGCCUCCCUUCAGGAGUGUUUACAGAUCACCUCAUCCCACAACCAGCUCAUUGAACAUCGGCUUCAGGAGCAUCCCCCCAGCCAGCUGUGUAAUUUGGACGAGUUUGAGGUGGAGCAAAGCGAGAUGUUCCCCAACAUUAAGGAUGUUUCCAUUUUGGAGCAGUGCGUGCAGGGCCGACAUCAGAGGCAGAGUCCAGAGGUAAAAGCCAAUCUACAGCGAGUGUCCCGGUCCCUGCUUCAGGGGAUAACUCGCCUCUUGGAACUGGGUGAAGAAUGCAUAACAGAAGGGGAGAUGAGCACUGCCCACAACUGCAGCCAACUUCAAGCCAUCCGAUGCAGACACACGAAGCUCCUGGGAGUCCUCACGUCUCAGUUGGCUUUUGUGCAACAUCUGUUCCAACGUGAGCCAGGAGCACUCAAGUGUCAAGAGGCUGAGCGGGUACAGCUGGAAGUCAGAGCUAAAGCUCUGCAGCAACAAGCCAUGCAACAGGAAGUGGCUUAUGAGAGGAGAAUGGAGGAGUGGACGCGCUGGGAGGAUAAUUCGGGUCGUCUUGCGGGGCUGCUGGAUGACGUUGAAGCCUUCAUCAGCAGCGGGGAACCAGAGGGAGACAACGGCGGUUCAGCACAGCACCGACAGGCUGCCUGCGAGCAAACACUAGUUCGGCUGGAUGACAGCAGAGCUGCUUUAGGACUGCUCCUGGAUCAGCGGAAGGUGCUGCAGACAGAUCCAGAGUUUGCUGCCAAAGUUGGUCAAGCAGGAGGCGCUCUGGAGCUGCGAUGGCUGAGCACCUGCAGGCGGACGGAGCAAGAGAGUCGACGCUGCAGAGAAAUCCAGGACAGCCAGGACAGAUUCCAGACUGACUUUGCCUCUGUCAGUGAAUGGCUGGCUGAAGCCGAAAAACACCAAAAGCUUUGGACCAACCUGGCCAACACUUCGGACCUGAACCAGGAGUGCGUCUGCACCACUCUGAUUACGCUGCUGGACUUCUCCAUGGAGAUUGAGGCAAUGUCGGUCCAGAGGGCGUCUGCAUCCAGGGAAGCCACAAAGCUGCUCCACCUGAGGGAAGCUGACUGUCCUGAGCUAAGAGCUCAGCUCGUCCAGCUGGAGGGCAGCUGGACCCAGCUGACCUCUGACCUGUCCACAGUACAAGACUUCCUGCAGCAGCAGCUGCUGGCGGCGUGGCCACCAGUGAAGCUGCUGUCACACCUGGAGGACUGGCGGAAGAAGCUCGAGGAUCGUCUGAGCCUGGAGAAAGAAAUGCUCAUCAAGGCCGAAGAUGCUGCUCAGAUCGCAGAAAAUCUGCAACACCACUGGGAGCUAAAGGCGGGCGCGCUCAAUGCGCUGCUCCUCCUGGAUUUCCUGUGUCAGCCUGGCCCUCAGCCGGCUGGACUCGACGUCCGGGCCCUCCGCUCAAAACGCACAGUGUGCGCAGAGCAACUGGGAGCCGUCAGACUGCAGUGGCUGCACCUUCAGGGAGAGCUGGAGUGCCAGACUCGGGAGGCUGAGCAGGCACUUUACACUUGUGCAGACAGAGAGAGGCGUUUGCAGCGUCUUCACAGCUGGAUAGAGCGGCAGAAGAAGCAGUUGAACCAAUGGAAACAGCCCAGCAGUCAAACUGCGGCUCGUGAGGCUCUGCUGGAGUUGGAGGCUGCUGUGAGCAAAGUGAAGGAGGGGUGUGAAGCUUUGCAGGAGUUGAAAUCCAUGAGAGUGCAGGUUGAAACGGAAGAGGAUCGCCCUUGUGAUGUCUCGUUCUCUGGCUGGGCUGAGAGUGUUUGUCGUGCUUACGUGGAUCUUAGCCAAGAGAUGGAAGCUCUGCAACCAGCUCUUCAGCUCAAUGUGGACGAGUGGAGUUGCUAUGAGAGCGAACUGAAGGAGGUUUCUAUUCGCACCGCCAGGGUGCGCUGCGCUCUUCAACAUCAGCCUUUGUACUCACUGAAGCAGGCAGAAGGACACCAGGACCUCCUUGAGCAACUCCAGGAUAGGGUCAGAAAAGGAGAAACGCUUUGGGCGUCUGUGGACAAAUCCUAUCAGGGUCUAGUGAAGAAGGUUCAUCCUGGUACAGCACAGGCGCUGGAGGUUCAAAUGAGGGAAGAGCAAAAACGGUGGAAGGAUGCAGUCCAGGUGUCAAAGAAUGAGCACACGAGACACGGAGAGACAAUUUGUCUCUGGCGGGAGUACACUGGGCUGUCUGAUCGAUGCUCCCUGGACCUGCUUGCACUGAGGCGUCAGUGGGAGGAGCUGUGGAGAUCUUCACCUCGGGAGACACAGGACAUGGUUCACUCAGUGGAGAAGUUGCAGAAUGCUGCUGAGGAUUUGCAAAGCAGUGUGGCAGAUGUGCUCGGGGCAUUCAAGCCUCUCAUCGAACGGCUUGAACCACUGGCCACAGAUGUCAUCCAAUCAGAGACCAGACAGCUGUCACGUGAAGUCCUGCUGCUUAUAGAGGCCAUGUCAGCAAAAAAGAAAAGUCUUCAGGAAGAUAUGGAGCAACAGGAGCUAUUUCGUUCUCUACUGGAGGCCCUUGAAAAGCAGGCGCAGAGCACACGACCUUUGACCAGGUUCCACAACACAGACUCAAUUAAGCGGGCUCUCUCGGAGCUCAGUGAUCUGUUUCCAUCACUGGUUGACGUCAGGGAGAUGAGUUGUUAUGUGAUUCUCACCAACCACGAGACAGAGAGAUUGCACAUGCUCAGCAGGCAAUGGGUGGAAAGCAUGACUCACGCAUCUGACAUCAACAGAGAGCUGCAGGCUGAGCGUCAGUGUUGUCAGAGCUUCCAGGAGAAGUGCAAGAGCCUGGACGCUAUCCAGAAGAAGAUUGAGGAAGAAUCAAUGUUUACGAAAUUUCAAAGCAUCUCAAGCCUCAGAGAGAUGAUGACUGCUCAUAAGAGGCUUGAAGCUGAAAUAAUAAUUGGAAAUCAGCUUGUGCACGGUCUUCUCUGUCAUGCACUGGACUCCAUGGAAACCGAGAGAGGAGAGAAAAGCUCUGAGCUCAUGGCACAGGUGAGCCGAGUGAGGGAGAGGUGGUUCCACUCGUUGGCCUUGGCCGGACAGCUCAGGUCCUCGACUAAGGAACAACUGGGCUAUUGGAGAGUCUACCAACGGGGCUCGAGGCGUCUGUGCAGGCUGUUGAGGGAAGGUGACCCUCUGCUGUCCUCUGCUGGACCCGCUGUGUUCGCCGUGCAUCAGCUUCCACGCUGCUCGGAGCAUGACCAGUGCGUUAGAGACGCUCUGGGUCUGCACUCCAGCCUGUACGCCCGGACGCUGAGGGCCGGCAGACAAUUAUGUGAAACCAUGGCCGAGUCAGAGUGUCAGAGCCAACUGCAGUCAGAGCUUCAGGCCCUACAGGAUGCCUGGGAACGGACCACCUCACUGCUGGACAGGAGGAGAGACAGGGCCGGCGCAGCUGUUCAGAAGUGGACCGAGUGUCAGGACACGAUGACCAGCAUCACGUCUGAGCUGGAGGAGCUGAAGAUCCGGCUGAAACAGCCGCUGCCCGAGGAACUGCAGGACUGUAAGGGCAGGAAACAUAUUCAGGAGACAGACCUCUUGCUGCAGCAUUUCACUGGGGGAUUUCGGGAAUUGGCCACCAUGAAGACGGACAUGUCCCAGUACGUAGCGGCCGGUGACUCGGCUCUGCUGGAGCAGCAGCUGGAGCAACUCCACAGUCAAUGGGAAGAGCUGUGCACGAAGGUAUCCUCGCGCAGACGGGAGAUUGCGGACCGACUCAAUGCCUGGACCAUCUUCAACGACAAGAACAAAGAGUUCUGUGAUUGGCUGACUCAGAUGGAGAACAAGGUGUGCCACAGCGGCGAGCUGAGCAUCGAGGAAAUGGUGGAAAAACUUAAGAAGGACUGCAUGGAGGAAAUUAACUUGUUCAGUGAGAAUAAAAGCCACCUGAAGCAGCUGGGCGAGCAGCUGUUGUCAGCCAGUGACGAGGCCAAGCGGACGCAGGUCCACGGCUCGCUGCAGGAGGUCAACCAGCGGUGGCACAACCAUUUCCACCAGAUUGAAGCCAGGGUGAAGAAGCUGAAGGAGACUCUGGUAGCGGUUCAGCAGCUGGACAAGAACAUGAGUAAUCUCCGCUCGUGGCUUUCUCGCAUCGAGGCCGAGCUGUCCAGACCCAUCACCUACAGCGUCUGUCACCUCCAGGAGAUCCAGAGGCGGCUGGUGGAGCAGCAGGAGCUGCAGAGGGACAUGGAGCAGCAUACGGAGGGCGUCGUGUCGGUGCUCAGCCUGUGCGACGUCCUGCUGCGGGACGGAGAUGCUGCUGGCCGCAUGGAGGCGGAGAGUCGCUCGCUGCAGGAAACCAGCAACAGUCUGGACCAGCGCUGGAGGGCCGUCUGUGCCAUAGCUCUGGACAGGAGGCUCAGGAUCGAGGAGACCUGGAGGCUCUGGUCCAAGUUCCUCGAUGACUACUCGCGGUUCGAGGAUUGGCUGAAGACGGCGGAGCGCACCGCGGCCAAUCCCAACUCGGCAGACGUCCUCUACACGGUCGCCAAGGAGGAGCUCAAGAAGUUUGAGGCUUUCCAAAGGCAGGUUCAUGAGCGGUUGACCCAGUUGGAACUGGUCAAUAACCAGUACCGCCGCCUGGCCAGGGAGAACCGCACUGACCGAGCCAGCCAGCUCAAGGCCAUGGUCCAUGAAGGCAACCGGCGCUGGGACAACCUGCACCGCAGAGUGUCAGCCAUCCUGCGCAGACUCAAGCAUUUCACCGGCCAGAGGGAGGAGUUUGAAGGCACCAGGGAGAGCAUGCUGGUGUGGCUGACCGAGCUGGACCUGCAGCUCACCAACGUGGAACACUUUUCAGAGAGCGACGUCCAUCACAAGAUCCAACAGCUCAAUAGUUUCCAGAAGGAAAUCACCGUGAACACGGAGCGCAUUGAUGGGUUGAUAGUGUUUGGAGAAGGUCUAAUCCAGAAGAGCUCACUGCAGGAUGCAGCGUUUAUAGAGGACGAGCUGGAGGAGCUGCACUCUUACUGCCAGGAGGUUUUCAGCAGACUGGUCCGCUUUCACCAACGUCUGAGCCAGCCCCCGAUGAUCAGAGAAGAACCGGCGCUCUCUGGUACGGCCGUUUCCCCGGAGUCCGGCUUGGAGCUGAUUUGCCGACCGUGGCUCAUGGGAAGCCAAGGAAGCCUCCCGGCGACGCCCACCCGCCUGCUGGCUUCGCCGCUGGAACGCUCGGGCCGGGAGACACCGGUGAGCGUGGACUCCCUGCCGUUGGAGUGGGACCACACCGGAGACGUAGGGGGGUCAUCGUCUCAGGAGGAUGAGGAGGAAGAGGAGGAGGAGGAGGAAGAACAAGAGGACGACAGAUCCUACUUCAGUGCGCCAUCAGAGGUGGAGUUGACUGAGAGCCGGGAGGAAUUUGUUGAAGCUCCGGAGGCCGUACGAGCCUCCCCCCUGGUUCUAGGCACACAAGUGGCUGCACACGAGCCUCCGCGACGGCGAUCCCAGGGAGACACCGAAGCACAUCUGGACUCUGAUCGGCCCCUCACCAGCACCCCUCUAAAGCAGGGCUACUUGCUUCUCAUGUCCGACUGCAGCGGCAGCAUCGAGGACAUUAAAAGAGUCUCGCUGAUCCUGGAUGACGAGGAGCAGCCGGAGGACCUGGGUCUGACGGGGCUGUGUGCCGCAGACAAGCAGUCGGGUGUAAUUGAACGCUGGGAGCUGCUCCAGGCUCAGUCCAGAAGCCCACAGGAGGCCCGUCAUCUGCCCUCUGACCUCAAUGACGUCACUUCCUGGUUGGAAAAGGUGACCCCAGAGCUGAGGCGCCUGCAGCAGUCGGAGGCAGCAGCCAGUAUUGAGGACAUGGCCUCCAGCGCCACAAAACUAAAGGAGAUGCAGAGGACAUUCGCCCGCUACAAGGCCGUCGUGCUGUACGUCAACCUGCGCGCUCCGGAAGCCGCGGAACCAGAGGAGCGACUGGCCGGCGUGAACCGAGACUGGGGCCGAGCGUGCGCAGGCCUGCAGCAGUGGGAAAGCAGGCUGAGGGAAACGCUGAUGCGCUGCAAGGAGUUCCAUGAAAGCCUCCACUCCCUGCUGCUGUGGCUGGCCCACGCAGAGAGCAGGCGCUACGCGGUGGACCUCAGCGACCCGGCCACACCCGCCCCGGCCCUGCAGCAACAUCUCAGCACGCUCACGGAGCUGCGGGAGGAGCUGCGGGGCAGGCAGACUCAGCAGGCCUCCCUCCAGGCUCUGUGGUGUCAGCUGCAGCCGGAGGAGACCGACGAGGCCAGGGAGAAGCUGCACGUGACGAGCAGCAAGCUCAGGUGGCUGCUGAGGGAGGUGGAGCAGGACCUCGGCACUCUUCAGCAGCGCCUGGGUGGUGAUGCUGCAUCAGACGUUCAAGGCCAAAACACGUCUGCACAUCCAAAGAAAGGUUCUUCCCCUCAAAGAGGGAAGAGAGACUCGCCCCCGCCGCGUUCCUUCUUCUACAGGGUCCUGCGAGCCGCCUUCCCCCUCCACCUCCUCUUUGUGUUCCUCCUGCUCCUCCCCUGCCUGGUGCCCAUGUCAGAGAGCCACGCCGGCUGCACCGGGGCCAACAACUUCGCCCGGUCCUUCUACCCCAUGUUACGCUACACCAACGGCCCACCGCCCACCUGAUCCGAGGGGAAGAAGGUACAAGACUGAGAACGGGGUCCUUGAACGGAUUUUAUUCAUUUCACAUGCAAAAUCAACCAUUUCAAUCCGUAAAAAAACACCACGUGUGAUUCAGUUAUUUGAUGUUUUAGUUUGACAGUGCAAAGAUCUUCUCCGCAGCAACAAUAGUUUAAAUACACUUCAGCAAACAGAGUCCAGUGGAAAAUAUAAUAUAUGUUUCUGUCCAACCGAGCAGUUCAAAUGUUACAUUUUUUACAUCAAAGAUGCUUGUAAAAUUUGUAAGGUUAUUUUUAUACACACAAAUGUAUCAACUAAUGUUUUGGAUUGAUUGUGAGUAGACAUGUAAAAGCCCCCCACUGUAACAGCAGAACAAAGUGUUUGUUCAUAUGAUGCUUAUUUAUAACAUGAAAUUACUCCGAAUUGUUUGGUAGUUUAAAAUUAAGGCUUGGUUGAUGAACAAAUAAAUAUGUAAAUAUGCACUUUAA